AUGACGACUCCCAUUUUCAAGGCAUCAAUUCCACACUCCAAUCCACUGUUCCACUCCCUGCAUCCGGUUGUAUGGACUUCAGCUGUAAAUGGAAUCCCCAAGAAGAAGAAGAAGCUGCUGCUUAGCGGAGCUCUACUCUCUCCGGCCAGCUUGCGUUAUCCCCUUUCCAUUUCUUCGGCCCGAAUUGCCUUGUCUACCGCUUCCCACUAUCACUUGGGAGCAAACACGAGUCAGAGGUAUCACUCUGUGUUGGAAGUCACCUCAUUCAACAUCCCAACAAGAUGGAAAAGGGCGGGGAAAGAUGCAUUUUUCGUAAGUAGCUACAAUGGUGGAGUCCUUGCCGUUGCUGAUGGUGUCUCAGGUUGGGCUGAAGAGGAUGUGUAUCCUUCACUUUUUUUUUUCCGGGAACUGAUUGCAAAUGCUUCUGGUUUCGUGCCAGAUGACGAGAGCAGGUCAACUACGAUCCCCAAGUUCUCUCAUCAGGAAAGCACAUGCUGCUACCUCCUCAAUCGGCUCAGCUACCGUGUAAAGAUUGUGGCUAUGCUGGAGGGAAAUGGAAUGCUGAAGUUCGCAAAUGUUGGAGAUUGUGGGCUAAAGCUUAUCCGUGAAGGUAUUAAUCUUGAUUCUGAGAUGAUGUCGAAGAACUUCCUUUCGCAAAGGUUAGCGGUCUAGAAGGGAUUGAUGUCGAUUAUCAUUGUGAUGGGGUCUGAUGUCCUUUUCGACAAUGUGUUUGAUCAUGAGAUUGUUUCCAUGAUAUGCCAACAUUGAAAUGCUAGUGAUGCUGGCAAGUUAUUUGUAGUAAUUUAGAUGUGUUACAUUCUUCUCUAUUUUUACUAAUUGGCUGUGGUAAUAACUUUGACCAUUGCAAUGGUAGCAGAGGUUCUGGCUAACUUAGCGAGAGUACAUUCACUGGAUUCGAGCUACGAGUCACCCUAUGCAUUGGAAGCCAGGUCCAAGGGUAUUGAGUUACCAUGGUGGAAAAAGAUCUUUGGCAUGCAACCUACAGGCACGGCAGACCUUUUGCUUUUCCUACUUCAACAUUUAUGGGGUGUUUGACGAUAUUACUGUGAUAGUCGGCUAGAUUUGUAAGUCUGUAGUAGAUGAGGGAUCUUGGAUUCAGAGAAACAGACCUAUAGCGCUUCGAGCAAAUCACUUCAAUUUGUAGUUGGAUUCGAAGGGAGUUGGGACUUUUCAAAGUUCGGCUCAGUUAUAUUCAUUAUUGUUCAGACCACUUGUAUGCUCACAACAAUUGAACCUGAGAUGAUGUUCUGUAAUCCAUGGCACUGAAGCAUUUCAUAUCAAUACAGAUUGUCAAUUCAGUAGCA